AUGGAAUCUUUGCCAGUAACCAGUGUUUUGCCUGAUAUGAUCGCUGAACUGGAGAAUAAAGCCAUUACCAUGCGCGAAAUGCUCGCUGAAUUAGAAAAACAGGACUAUAAAACAAUUUUACGAGAAAAAGAAAUAUUAGAAAAAAAGUGUCAGUUCCUAAGAACGGAGCAGAUGAAACGUAAACGUAUUGCAGAGCGGAUGUUGGAUACUAUUCUUGAAAACUGUCCUUACGAUAAAAAAAAAUUAAUGGUGCAGUUUCAGACUACUGGCACUUUUAAACGAAUAUAA